GAUGCUCUUCUUCACAUUUCAACUCUUCUAAACCUCCAAUCCUAUCUCCUUACAGGCACUCAAAUGCGAAGCUUGGUCAUAUUCUCCACUUUCAUGUUUACUGCUCAAGAAAGCUCUCAGUGAUUAUCGUACUGGACACAAACUGUUUUGGCUGCUUAGAGCAGAACUUGCUAAUCUCAAAGAUAAUGAUGGACAUCUGACGGAAUUAUACAAGCGAUUUGCUCUGAUAAUUGAAGCAUACUUGCGUGGAAAUGAUGAGCACAUUCGGACAGUUGUGAAGCAGGUCGAAAUGGUAGAUCUUCUGUAUGAGUUGAGCGUACUGGUGAAGGGAUACAAAGGAGACAAAGAUGCCGCGACGGAGCGCCUACGGGAAGAAUUAAGAAAUCAUUGCCCUAGCUUAGAAAAGAUUGAUUCUCCCUUAGAUCCUAGCAAUGCCCUGGGUCAGCUGAGAAUCGACAAAUGUCGUGUGUUGGGCAGUGCUAAGAUGCCUCUUCUUUUGUCUUGGCAGAACCGAAGUCCUCUCUCUGAGUAUCACUUGCCUAGUUAUGAAAUCAUAUUCAAAAAUGGAGAUGAUCUACGACAAGAUAUGUUGGUUCUGCAAGUCCUAGAAGUCAUGGAUACGAUAUGGAAGAAAAAUCAGCUGGACUGCAGUUUGAGUCCUUAUCCGGUGCUUCCCAUGGGAACAAAGGCGGUAAAGUUGGAACAGCUGUAA